UGCAAGUGAUAAUGUUCAGUUGUUCAAUUAUUUGGCUGUGAACGGCAACGAAGCAAAAACGCACAGCACAACUCAACAAUGGCGUCAAACACUUCUUCUUCUUCUUUCGUUCCUGUGUCACUGAAGGUUUCUCGGGAAAUAACGGACCCUCGACACGCUCAAGAGACAUUACACUUAUUCAACGCUGUUAUGGGCGGCGACGCCGCCGAUCACUGCAACUCCCCUGAAUUCUUCCUCGAUUUCGUUCGCAGCUCCGUCACCGUUGAUCACAUCCGACGUGGACACAUCUCUUCCACUAUCGUCCCCAAACCGCCUCUCUGUAAUACCUAUGGAACAUUGCAUGGAGGAUCUGUUGGAUCUUUAGUUAAUGUUCUGUCUCAUGCCUGUGCUAGAACUAUAGUUGGUGAGGACAAAGAACUUUUUCUUGGAGAAACUAGCAUUUCUUACCUUUCUGCCACUCCAAUACAUGAAGAAUUGGUAGCUAAUGCCUCAGUGGUAAAGAGUGGAAGAAAUUUGAGUGUAGUUGCACUUGACUUCAAGCUCAAGAAAACUGGAAAUCCUGUCUAUAUUUGUCAUUCUACCUUUUAUCACAUGCCUGCUAGUCUAUGAUUAUGAUUUAUGAACAUAUACACACAUAACAAAGUUCUUCUAAUAACCAUAUAGUGUUAUACUUCCACUAUUAGUUAUGUCCAAUGUACUUCAUUUGAA